UUAAAAAAAAAAAAAAAAAAAGCCUCUCAUAUUCUCUCAUCCACCAUUAAAGCUACCUUAGAUGAAAUUUCUGCGAAAUUACUUCAAUUCUCCUUUAAAUACAAACCCCAUUUCCUUUACAACUUAAUUAGAAACCCUUAACCCUUAAACAACUAAACUACACAUCAUCAUUUCCUUUGCAUUGUUCACGUUAAUUUCACCUUAAUUAUUAUUUAUACCUCUUUAAUCUCAACUACUCCAAUAAUCCACUCACUCAAAAUCACAACUUCAUCAUUCUCUACUACUCUAGUGUUUUUGUGAUACAAUACGCGUUGUAUUGUAUCAUCGAAGGAGAGUCUGAUCACAUACAAACAAACCCGACAACAAAAUUCUUAGCCAUGGAGAGCAGUGAGUCGAAAUUUAACAACAAUGUUGCAUCAGGGUCAGGAACAUCAACCCAUAACACCAAAUUUAUUCAGUAUGUUACGGGUUUUCCUCCUGGAUUUGACUCAAAUCUAGUAGGUUCCAACCAAGGUGAGCAACCGCGUACCAAAUGGUUGGAUGAGAGGUGUCGUUAUCACUGGUGGCGAAAGGUUGGAGCCGUGAAGAGUAAACCGGGAAAAAGAGGUGAAUGUGAUAGAAUAAAAGUGAAGAAAUCAUCAAUCAAUGUGGAUGAUAGUAAUGAAGAGAGAGCCAGGGUUGAGGUUGAGGAUAUGUUGAAAUUGUUUAGGAAAAAAUUUGAGGAAAUUUCCGAAAAUAGAAAUAAUGUGGGUGAUAAAAAGGGGAGAAUUGAUUUAAUGGCAAUGAAUGAAUUAAUUAAUGAAGGUAAAAUAAUUAAAGUGUGUUCUUCUAGAAUCGGUCAUGUACCUGGGGUUGUUGUUGGUGAUAAGUUUCAGUAUCGGGUUGAAUUAGUGCUUGUUGGGUUGCAUAGACAUUUUGAGCGUGGGAUUGAUACUAUGGAUUGGGGUGGUACAAAAAUUGCUACUUGUGUUGUUGCUAAUGAAGGGCUUUUGGACAAUAUGAAUGAUCCUAAUGUAUUGACAUAUAUUGGAGAGGGUGGGAAUUCGAAGGCGAAAGAGCUCGAAAAACGGCCUAGUGAUCAAGAGUUGAAGUGUGGUAAUCUUGCUCUAUGGGAGAGCAAGAAGACUAAUAAUCCUGUUCGGGUGGUGAAGGGGUUUAAGGUUAACCGGAUGUGUCGCGGUCGUGUGGUUCAACGGACCGAGUAUGUCUAUGAUGGUUUGUAUGAGGUGCAAAGCUGUGAGAAGAAGCAAGGGUUACAAAGGAAUUGUAUCUUUGAGUUUAAGCUGAUAAGGUGUACUGGGCAGCCUGCUGUUUCUUAUGGAAGUUGCAAGAGGAAAAUGAGGUUUGAACCUAAUUAAGCUAGAUGAUUAUGUUUAAUGAUGUUGUAUAUAUAGUAAUUGAACGUUGUGUAAUGGUCUUUAGGAUCAUACUAGUUUAGUAGUAAGAGUAUGAUUGUAUGAAACCUUGUCGAAACCGUAUUACACUAUCGAUAUAUAUAUGAAAAUGAAAAAUCAUGUAAAUUUGGGAAUAAUAUGUUUAUCUUGGUUGAUCAUA